UCGUGCCAUCCGGUUGUCGUUGAUUCGGUGAUUCGGAGUUCCACCGCGAAAUUAAAAAAAAAAGCGCCAGAAAAUUAAAUAUUUCUUGCUCGUAUCGUAAUGUGAUAGUAUUUUGUAGACUACUUGUUAACUACUUCAAGGUUGAUCGACUGAGCGACGAAGUGUUAUUUGUUUGUAGAUUUAAGAAUUGCCGCCUGAGCUGGCUGAAGUUGAAAUUCAAGUGCAUGGUGCAUGCGUGAAUGACAAAAAGCUUAACUGUGUUAACUGAAAAUUUUCUACUUUUUUGUGAUACAUUUCCAUUACUUAGCCCCAUAGGUAACAGACACACAGCACACGUGUUUUAGAAAUGAAUAUGCAAUCAAAUCUUGGAUUUAUAGAAAAGCUGCGAUGGCGCUUAAAAAUCUAUGAACACGGUUAUCAACAGAAUCGACACAUCACCAGCGAAACAGCGCUUAUAGAGACUGAAUAUGGAAAAGUAGAGGGCGUCAAACGAUUAACGAUAUAUGAUGUACCCUACUACAGUUUCGAGGGCAUACCUUAUGCGCAACCACCUGUAGGCGAGCUACGUUUUAGAGCGCCUCAACGACCCACACCCUGGGAGGGAGUAAGAGAUUGCAAAAAUACCAAAGAAAUGGCGGUACAAACUCAUGCGAUUACUGGAACUUUGGAAGGAUCCGAAGACUGCCUCUACCUCAAUGUAUAUACGAAUAAUAUACAACCUGAUAAGCCACGACCUGUUAUGAUUUGGAUACAUGGCGGUGGUUUUAGCAUAGGUGAGGCUACUCGGGAUUGGUAUGGACCUGAUUAUCUAAUGGAAAAGGAUGUUGUGCUUGUAACAAUACAAUACCGGCUUGGAGUGCUGGGCUUCCUUUCGCUGAAUACUCCCGAAUUGAAUGUACCUGGCAACGCUGGCCUCAAAGAUCAGGUGCUGGCUAUUAAGUGGGUGAAAAAUAAUUGCUCAAGUUUUGGCGGAAAUCCGGACUGUAUUACUGUGUUUGGUGAAAGUGCUGGUGCCGCUUCUGCCCAUUGUAUGAUGCUCACCGAACAGACGCAGGGUAUCUUCCAACGUGUCAUUUUAAUGUCGGGCAAUGCUUUACCAUUGUGGGAGACGAAAAAUCAGACUGCUCGUGCUUUUACACUCGCCAAAUUGGCUGGAUAUAAGGGUGAAGAUAAUGAGAAGGAAGUUUUGCAAUUUUUGAGAAAAUGUAAAGCGAAAGAUCUAAUAGCGCUGGAGAAUCGGAUACUUACAGCUGGCGAUCGUGCACGUAAUAUUAAUGCGCCAUUUCUGUAUUGUGUAGAGCCAUAUCUGACGCCCGAAUGUGUGAUACCAAAACCUAUUAGAGAAAUGAUGAAAACGGCGUGGGGUAAUGCGAUACCGCUGCUGGUCGGUCAUACGUCCGAUGAGGGGCUGAUAGCAAUGCAAGGUGCGAAACAAUUAGCCACCUUAGCCCAAAGACAAAAGACUUACUCGUUGGAACCAUUUGUGCCCUUUGAAGUUGCCGUAAGUGAGGAAAGGGAAAAAUUUGAGCAGAAAUUGAAGGCAACGCAUGUCAGUGGUAAAAUACCAACGAUUGAAGAAUACAAAAAGAUCAUAGAAUACAGUUACCUUCAUUUGCCUCUCUACCGACUUAUACGCUCACGCUUCACAUACGCUGCCGGAGCACCGCUUUAUCUCUAUCGUUUUGACUUCGAUUCCGAAGAGUUGCCACAUCCGUUUCGUAUUUUUCGCAUGGGGCGUGGCGUAAAGGGUGUGUCGCAUGCAGAUGAACUUUCUUACCUAUUUUCAAAUCUUUACUCACAUCGAGUGCCCAAAGAGAGUCGCGAAUAUCGCACAAUAGAGCGUAUGCUCGGAUUUUGGACACAAUUCGCGCUUAGUGGGAAUCCCAACGACGAGCAAAUACCCGGCAUGACAACACUGACGUGGGAACCGCUCAAGAAAAGUGAACCGAAAAUUCUCUGUUUAAAUAUAAAUGAUGACUUAAAGCUAAUCGAAUGGCCAGAAUUAGCAAAGGCUAAGGUAUGGGCGAGCGCUUACGAUCAUCAUAAGGAGUUGCUAUAUUGAGAAGGUGAGAGUGAGAAAAGAGCGCACAAUAGCUUGAAAAAUGAAAUUAGGCUCGUAAAUCCGAAAUAGUCAAUUAUGUAUAACAUAUGUAUUAGAAAAAACGUGAAUUGUUUAUUAUAAAUAUUUAUUGUUAUUUAAAUGAAUAUUUAUUUUUCAAAAUUGAAUCAAACGAAUGUACAUAUAUCGUAUUUGUAUAUAAAAAUGUAGUUUUCGAAUUUUAAUAUUUAGUAAACGAUAAUUAUAGAAAUUAAAGUGAAUGAAAGGCUUUAAACAUUUGUAAACUAUGUACAAUAUUGCAUAUAUUAAAUAGUGAUUAAAAUACAAAAAUAAAAACUUUAAAUAUACCUCACUGU